AUGCAUGCGCUCGCUUCUCAGCCCAUUUGCCCGUCUUGUCUAUUCACGGCUGCCACCCGAGUGCUCUUCCAAAAUGGACGCCAGCCUUGGGCCUCCCGCCGACUUUUCUCCGGACGCGCGAAGGCGAGCCCGUCACGCAUGGUGCUCUCAGAUCGAGUUGCGCGCCCCCCGCGGCGAGAUGAAGAUAGUCAUGAUAAAAGAAGACCUCGUCGAAAAUCAGAGGGUCCUUUCGGUGGUAUGAACCGGACUUUUGCGCGAGUACGGGAAGAUACGCCCAGACAACCCUCUCACUACCGCCGCAACGACAGAGAUCGGGGGGACGGGGACGGGACGGAUGGCCGACGAGUCAAGGCCAUGAAGAUGCAGAGCUCUCUCAAAACCAUACCGUAUAGAGAGAGAACACGCACGAAGGCGAGCAUGGCCGAAACCAAAUCUUUUGACCAGUUCGCCCUACUACCCACCUUGCAGUCAGCCAUCUUGGACGAUGUAUUGAAAGGGCAAACAGAGGUCAGGCCCACAUCUGUCCAGCGAUUAGCAAUACCGCAAUUGCUGGGCCAAAAACCGAGCGGCCGGAGAGAAUACCUCCUGGCGGCUGAGACUGGCUCGGGCAAGACUCUUGCUUACCUUUUACCCGCAAUCAAUGCGUUGAAAACGGCAGAGGCUGCUGAUCCCGAAAUCAUUGCCUACCGCGAGGAUUUUCUGAAGCAAAGUGCGGCGAUGAAGGAGCCUGGAUAUGAAGGUCCCCGGGAAUUCGAACCUCAUCCUACUAUGGCACGCCCUAAGGUCAUCAUUCUUGUUCCUACAGCCGAACUUGUUGACCAAGUCGGCGCAGUUGCCAAAUCCCUUUCUCAUGCCGUCAAAUUCAGAGCCUGUAUGUUCUCGGCCAAUGUCUCUGCCAAAGUGAUACAGGCCUCUAUGUACAAUCCUAGUGGCAUUGAUCUCAUUAUUUCUACACCUCAUCUGCUCGCUUCUAUGGCCGAUUCAGACCCCAACAUUCUGUCUCGGGUCAGCCAUUUAAUCGUUGAUGAGGCGGACUCGCUUUUCGACCGCAGCUUCGCGCCAGUGACUACGGCUAUUCUAGAUCGUGCACUACCCUCCAUCAAGCAACUUAUACUGUGCUCAGCUACCAUCCCCACGCGGCUCGAUAAUUAUCUAUUAAGAGAAUUUCCGAACAUGGAGCGAAUCACUACACCAAAGCUGCAUUCAAUUCCUCGCCGUGUUCAACUUGGUGUUAUUGAUGUGUCAAAAGACCCAUAUCGUAACAAUAAGGAUCUCGCUUGCGCAGAUGCCAUCUGGUCUAUCGGCAAAGACGCCGCUCGUUUCGAAGACACCACAUCUGGAGAGAUCGAGAUCAGGCGUAUCAUGGUCUUUGUGAAUGAGAGAGAGAAGACUCAGGAGGUCGCCGACUACCUCGUCUCUAAAGGCAUCGAUGCCGUGGCACUUCAUCGUGACACCGAAGAGCAGCGCCAGUCCGAGAUGCUGGAAUCAUUCACAUCUGCUAAGCCCAUGAGGGCCAAGCUUCCGGAAGGCUCAUCGCAGCCGGCUGCUGGGCGAAGCAGAAGAUCACUUCUAAACACUAAAGUCAUCGUAGCUACGGACCUUGCUUCACGAGGCAUUGAUACCAUAGCCGUUCGACACGUAAUCUUGUACGAUGUACCUCACACGACCAUUGACUUCAUUCAUCGUUUGGGCCGCGCUGGACGCAUGGGCAGACGAGGACGAGGUAUUGUAUUAGUAGGCAAGGCUGACCGGCGCGACAUCGUCGCCGAGGUGAGGGAGAGCAUGUUUAUGGGUCAGGCGCUGAUCUAA